AUGUCGUCUCCCUCGGGUGUCAAACUCGCCGUCCUCGACGACUACGCGGCCAUCUCGUCGCCGCACUUCCAGCCGCUCGCGUCGCAGAUCCAGAUCGACUCGUUCCCUCAGACUCUGCAGGCCCGAGUCCCGUCCGAGCAUGACGCCCUGGUGGCCCGACUGAAACCAUACACGAUCAUCAGCACGAUGCGCGAACGGACGCAGUUCCCGCGGUCGGUGCUCGCCGAGCUCCCCAAUCUCAAGCUCCUGCUCACGACGGCCAUGAAGAACGCGGCCAUCGACACCGCGGCGUGCAAGGACCUCGGCAUCACCGUCGUGGGCACGUCUCCCAAGCGCAACGCGACCAAAGGGUACGACGCCACCAACGAGAUGACGUGGGCUCUGAUCCUGGGGUUGGCCAAGGACGUGGCGCGCGGCGACGCCGUCGUGAAAGGGCCCUCGCCCGCCGCGUCGAACGACCCGAACGCCCACGUCGGCGGAUGGCAGACGACAUUGACGUUCGGGCUCGCGGGCAAGACGCUGGGACUGCUCGGGCUCGGCAAGCUCGGCACCCAGUGCGCGGUCACUGGACACCUAGGCUUCGGGAUGAAGGUCAUUGCGUGGUCGUCGUCGCUCACGCAGGACAAGGCCGACGAGGCGGCCCAGCAGCGAGGAUUGCCCAAGGGCACGUUCCGCGUGGUGGGGAGCAAGAAGGAACUGUUCGAGCAGGCAGACGUGUUGAGCGUGCACUACGUCCUGUCCGACCGGUCACGGGGCAUCGUGGGCAAGGACGAGCUGAGCAGCAUGAAGAAGAACUCUCUGCUCGUGAACACGUCGCGCGGGCCCCUGAUUGACGAGGCCGCGCUGGUUGAGGCGCUCGAGGCGGGCAAGAUCCGCGGCGUAGGGCUCGACGUCUAUGAUGUGGAACCCUUGCCCAAGGAGACGCCCUGGCGGCGGAGCGGGUAUUGGGGCGAAGACGGUCGGAGCACGGUGCUGGUGAGUCCGCACAUGGGCUAUGUCGAGGAGGAGACCAUGCAUGAUUGGUACGAGCAGCAGGCUGAGGCGAUCAAGGCGUGGCUUAACAAGGAGGAGAUCAAGGGGAUCAUUCAAUGA